GCGAGCGAGCGCUUCUUGUAUAUAAGGGCGGGGGGGCGGCGGCGGCGCCGCAUUGCGGGCGGGCGCGGGGGAGAUGGCGCAGCGUCUUCUCGGGCUCCUCGGCCUGUUCGGCCUUUUGGCGGCCGCUGUGGCAAGCCCUGUUUUGUGGCAGAAGGACUGUGUGAAAGGUCCGGAGGUGUGGUGUCAGAAUGUUCGGACAGCGUCGCAGUGUGGUGCAGUGAAACACUGCCAGCAGAAUGUCUGGAACAAGCCUACUGUGAACAGCAUCCCAUGUGACUUGUGUAAGGAACUUGUGACAGUGGCUGGCAAGGUUUUGAAGGAUAAUGGCACAGAGGAUGAGAUCCGCUCUUACUUGGAAAAGACAUGCGAGUUUCUCCCUGACCAAAGCCUAGUCUCUGAGUGCAAAGAAAUUGUGGAUUCCUACCUACCAGUUAUCAUGGAUAUGAUCAAAGAAGAACUAGAUAAACCUGAGGUUGUGUGUAGUGCCCUGUCACUGUGCCAGUCCCUUCAGAAGCACCUCGCAGCAAUGAAGCUUCAGAAACAGCUCCAGUCCAAUAAGAUACCAGAGCUGGAUUUCUCUGAACUGGCAUCUCCGUUCAUGGCUAAUGUGCCUCUUCUCCUUUACCCUCAGGACAAACCCAAGCAGAAGUCUAAGGGAAGUGGAGAAGUAUGCCAGGACUGCAUUCAGCUGGUUACUGAUGUUCAGGAAGCUGUGAGAACGAAUGCAUCUUUUGUGAAGUCUUUGGUUGCUCAUGCCAAGGAAGAGUGUGACCGUUUGGGACCUGAAAUGUCUGAUAUGUGCAAGAACUAUAUCUCUGAAUAUUCUGACUUGGCUAUCCAGAUGAUGAUGCACAUGCAACCAAAGGACAUUUGUGCCAUGGUUGGAUUCUGUCCUUCUGUGAAAUCUGUUCCCAUUCAGACUCUGGUGCCAGCUCAAGUGGCUCAUGAAGUGAAAAUGGAAACCGUGGAGAAAGCCUCAGUUCAAGAGAAAACUAUUUCUGUGUGUGAAAUAUGUGAGACCAUGGUGAAAGAAGUGACUGGCCUGUUGGAGAGCAACAAGACAGAGGAGGAGAUUGUACAUGAAAUGGAGAUUAUCUGCUACGUGUUCCCAGCAAGUGUCAAAGACCAGUGUAAGGACUUCAUAGAUGUCUACGGCCAGGCUUUGAUUGACAUGCUUCUGGAGGCAACGAAUCCUGAAGCUGUGUGUGUUAUGCUGAAAUGCUGUGCAGCCAGCAAACCUCCAAAGCAGCCAGUUUUGGUGAAACCUGCAGGUGGCUUCUGUGAUGUCUGCAAGAUGGUGGUAUCUUAUGCGGACAAAGAGCUAGAGAAGAACGCCACGACAGCUGAAAUUGAGGCUUUACUGGAAAAAGUCUGUCACUUCCUGCCAGAGUCUGUCAGUGAUCAGGUCCGUCUCUCAAGUGUCUCUGCUUCUGCUAUAAAUGUCCAGUGCGUUCAGUUUGUGGAACAGUAUGAACCAGUAGUUGUGCAACUCCUGGCAGAGAUGAUGGAUCCCACUUUUGUUUGCACUAAACUUGGAGUCUGUGGCUCAGCUAAAGAGCCUCUCGUGGGAGAUGAUGCUUGUGUCUGGGGGCCAGGCUACUGGUGUAAGAACAUGGAGACUGCUGCUCAGUGCAAUGCUGUUGAUCACUGCAAACGUCAUGUGUGGAACUAGAAGAAGAAUUUCCAGUUCUGAAAAUUUGCCGUGGCUCUUAAAAAUGUAGGCCGAGGUUGGCAGAGAGCUGUAUCUCAAAUGUCCCUCCUCUCUGCCUCAUUAAAAAUUUGACCUUCAAGUUCCUUUAUUGUAACUCUUCUGUAGCAGUCCUGCUGUUGGAGGAUCAGAUCUUCAUUGUUGACUUAACAAAGAUAUUUCUGAUUGUACAGUUUAACUCGUUAUGCUCUUAAAAAUAGUCAGUGUGUUGUAGAUUUUUAAUUGGUAGGCUGGAGUGUGUUUUUUAGGUGCUGGGGAGAAUGGUGGAGAAAGUGAAAUGAGGAAAGGUUAUUAUCUUUUAAUUUAAGAAAAGAACAAGAUAGCAACUGAAUUUUCAAAUGUCUUUCUGCAGUCAGCAUUGGGACAUUCGCACGGUUUGCAUUUUUAACACCUGGCUGGAUUAAUAAUUUCUUAUGGGGAACUCUAAGGGUCAAUGUUGAAUCUGGGAAUCCCUUUGGCUGGAAAUUUGAAAGCUCUACAGAUGCAGCAGGAGGGGACUUUGUGUACCCAACUAACUUUCAAAGUAACCAGUACCUAAAAAGAUGCGUUUGCGUUUGAGUUACCACGCUUUUGCAUUUGGGUGACCACACUUAUGGCUCCUGGUGUUACCAUAGCUAAGGAAACCCUCCCUCAACUUUAUUUCCUUGGUCUACUCUGUGGAAGCAUGGGUGUUCUCCUGUCAAGCCCUGUGGGAUUUCAGUCUUUUGAAGCACGCUGACGUACUUAAGGAAUGGCUCUUUUUUUUCUUAUCCUAGUUGCUCAAUUCUGCUUAGUCGUACAGCUUCCUACACGCAGCCAGCUGCGUGCCAAGGAGAUGGAGGGGAAGAAGUCCGCAGUGGCUGUGCAUAUGUCAAAAUAUGCUCAGCAGAGAGGACAGAACGCAUGGAAAAGUGGUUUUUGUUGCUUGUUUCCUUGAUCUGUUUUUAUCUCAUAGCGUAUUUCAGUUGUCUAAAACUUCAGAUGUGCUGCGAGGCUUGUGGGCAGUUUCCACUGCUGCCACCUGUUCUUGCUGAUGCUUCUAAGUAGUAUCAAUAUUUUCCCAGAGUUCCCGCUUAUGUUGGGAAGCAUCUUUAAGUAGCAAGCAGAGAUGGUAGAUGGUAGGAGAUCUGUAAUGGGUGUUUGGUAGCUCAACUGGCCCACCUGACAGCCUGCAGCAUCCCACUGAAACGGGCUGAGCUUCUUGAACAAAAGCCUUUCCAGGCAGGCUGCUGCUCUGGAAGUAAGUCAGGCUCUUGAAGUGUAUAGGGGCCUUGAGAUUGAAGCUCUGAUCAAGUCUGAGGAGAGCUCUGGGAAGGAGAAGCUAGGCAGAGGUGGAGCUCUGAAAAUUCCAGUCCUGUUCAGAAGGGCAGGGAGGUGGGAACUGGAUGAUUAAGGUCCCUUCCAACCUGAAUCAUUUUAUGAUUCUGUAAGGUGCCGGCAGCCAUUGCUGUUCCUGUGGUGUCUUGGGUGAGGCGGGAGCUCCCAUAACAAUGCUUUAGCAGCACGCAAACUUAUUUUCAUGCAUUUUAGUGGAAACCCGCUCGACUGCAUCUUUUUUUUGUUGCUCUGUGUAUAUACUAAAUGUCUGGGCGGUGUUGACAGAUGACAAUACCGGUUUGUCUUUCCUGCUUGCAUUUGUACAAAAUGCAGAAGCACUCAUGAAUUUAAAGAAAAACAAAACUAAUAUCACCUAGAUGUAAAAUAUCUGCAGCUUUCUUUCUUGGCAGGCUUGUGCAGCGCAGUGGUUCUAGUGGUGUAUCCCAGUUUGGGUAUGAGUGCCGGAGAGGAGAUGGGCUUUGUUCAGGAUCGCUGCUGUGGAGGGAGGGAUUGUGUCAUGCCACAGCAUGUAGGAUGGCUUGGGAUCUUCUAAAGUGGAUGGCGUUCUCUUUUUUGCAGGGGGGAGGGGAGGAGGUGGGGAUGGGUUGACCCUUGCCUUUAGCAGUUGUCAAGGUUUUAAUUUUCUUGGGUUUUCAGUAGUGCAGGGUUCAUGCUGGCGACCUGUCAGGUGAGGUGGGCUGGGGGAAUCCUAUGCUACUGCUGGGCGCCUCUUUAGCUGCUCCCUCCCUUCCUGUGGCCUGUGGCAUCAGACCUGCUUGAGUUACACUGGGGGAGACGUGUGGUUGCUUUCUAAAGAACAUUGUCUUGAUUUUUGCACAAAAGCUUCCUUAAUGAACAAUAAAAACUUAUGUGAACCGAUAA